CUCAGGAUGGAUGGCCAGAAUAUGGCAUGGACCGGAGACAGAGAGGGGAUGGUGAGUCCAGGUAGCUGCUGCUAUCUCUCCUCUUCUCUCUGAGAGGCAGCGGCUGAUCUGCAGGGCUAAGCUCCUGCCAUUUUACACACAUCAUUUCUGGCUCUACAGAACAUGGAGAUUCAUCUCUGUGCAGAGGGAGGUUGCUAGACUCCUCAUCUCAUAUUGAGGCAUCAAGAACAUGAACCAAUCUGAUCAGUGGUGGAUCUAUUGUAAGUGCUGAGGCAGCAUGGGAUCACGUCACCAUGGCCAACCGGGAGUUGGCGUUUAAAGCUGGGGACGUAAUCAAGGUCCUGGAUGCUUCCAACAAGGACUGGUGGUGGGGUCAGAUUGAUGAUGAAGAAGGAUGGUUUCCUGCCAGCUUUGUGAGGCUGUGGGUGAACCAGGAAGAUGGUGUGGAAGAAGGGACCAGCGAAGUGCAGAAUGGGCACUUGGACGCAAGUUCGGACUGCCUUUGUAUUGGCAGGACUCUUCAGAACCGAGAUCAGAUGAGAGCCAAUGUCAUCAAUGAAAUAAUGAGCACAGAGCGUCACUAUAUCAAACACUUGAAGGACAUCUGUGAGGGUUAUUUAAAGCAGUGCAGGAAACGUAGGGACAUGUUCAGUGAUGAACAGCUAAAGGUAAUUUUCGGGAACAUUGAGGACAUCUACCGUUUCCAGAUGGGCUUCGUCAGAGACCUCGAAAAGCAGUACAAUAAUGAAGAGCCACACCUCAGUGAAAUAGGACCCUGCUUUCUGGAACAUCAAGAUGGCUUCUGGAUUUACUCAGAGUACUGUAACAAUCACUUGGAUGCCUGUAUGGAACUCUCCAAACUGAUGAAAGAUGGCAGGUAUCAGCAUUUCUUUGAGGCAUGCCGGCUCUUGCAACAAAUGAUAGACAUUGCCAUUGAUGGAUUCCUUCUAACACCAGUGCAGAAGAUCUGCAAAUACCCUCUUCAGCUUGCGGAGCUACUAAAAUACACAGCACAGGAUCACAGUGAUUACAGGUACGUGGCAGCUGCUCUUGCUGUCAUGAGAAACGUCACUCAACAGAUCAAUGAGCGGAAGAGGAGACUGGAAAAUAUUGAUAAAAUUGCUCAGUGGCAAGCAUCAGUCCUGGAUUGGGAGGGAGAUGACAUCUUGGACCGGAGCUCAGAACUUAUCUACACUGGAGAAAUGCAGUGGAUUUACCAGCCGUAUGGACGAAACCAGCAGAGGGUAUUCUUCCUCUUUGAUCACCAGUUGGUUCUCUGUAAAAAGGACCUGAUCAGGAGGGACAUUCUUUAUUACAAGGGUCGGUUAGACAUGGAUAAAUUUGAGGUGAUUGAAGUGGAGGAUGGACGAGAUGAGGACUUUAAUGUGAGCGUAAAGAAUGCCUUUAAACUGCACAACAAGGAGACAGAGGAAAUGCACAUUUUCUUCGCUAAGAAGUUGGAGGAAAAGCUGAGGUGGCUGCGUGCCUUUCGGGAGGAGAGGAAGAUGGUGCAAGAAGAUGAGAAGAUCGGAUUUGAAAUUUCAGAAUACCAGAAGAGACAAGCGGCAAUGACUGUGAGAAAAGUCAGCAAGCAGAAAGCUGGUGUCAGCUGUCCUCGCUCAGUUCCUCCAGCAUAUCCGCCACCUCAGGAGCCAGGAGCCAUCCAAGGACAAUAUAUGGUGACCGAUGGCAUAUCUCAACCACAAGUUUUUGAGUUCACUGAACCUAGGAGAAGUCAGUCCCCAUUCUGGCAAAACUUCAGCAGGUUGACGCCUUUCAAAAAAUAAUAGAGAUAUAAAUAUAUAAAUAUAUAUUGAAAGGAGAAAAAAAAUUAUAUUUAUAGAUGGACCUUUUUUCGGAGAAGCACUGUUGCAACUAAACUACAAAAGGACUAUAUAUAUAUAUAUAUAUAUAUAUAUAUAUAUAUAUAUAUAUAUAUAUAUAUACACACACAGGGAAAUUAACAAAAAAGGAAUGUUUUGUUCCUGAAAAACAUUUUUUUUUCCGUCGGGCAACAGGAACUGCUCUGCUUUGAAAAUCUCCACCACAAAAAAAACUCACUUUGCUUACCCUAUUGCUGAUGAGUACAAUCAUGGUCACAAAACAUUCUCUGCGCCUCGCUCUUGAGACUUUUGGAUUUUUGCCAUGCUUUAUGACACUGACCAUAAUCUUUUUCUGUGGACCUAUUCUAACGAAGAUUACACACUUUGUGUAAACGAGCGGCCCUUCAAGUAUAGCGAAGCAAAAAGAAUACUGCUUGAAAUGGAGAAACAAGAAACAAAAACAUUCUACUUUCAAUUUAUGAUUUUCCCACCAAUCGCAUCUCAACGCCUGCAGCAAUUAGCAGGACUUUCCAUACAAUAAGUGCCUCUGGCACCGCAGGGGUGGGUAUUUCACACUCAAGUCAUUUGCAUUCAUUUCACUUGAAUAAAGCUGCAGCCAUUUUUAAGUGAUUUAACCGACAAGCAGAGUGCUGCUGCACAAAAGGGGGAUUUUAGAGCGUUAAUUGACUGGUUUUUAAAAGUAGCUCAAUAUAGAUGCACGGUAGUCGGACAGAGCCUUAACCUGCCGAUGCAUUUUUUUAACUACACCUUUCCUGUGUGUGUUUGUUCUGAAGGCAUAAACAAGCAGGCUAACCAGGAACACUAGGAAUUACCUGCCUGCCUGUCGUUUGAUCCUCUCACUGUUCUGAGCUUUAGCUGUUGAAGCAAGAGUUCCUUAGUUCACAGUGAAUCUGCUAGGUACUGUGUAGUCUCUCUCUUGCUUUAUCUAUCCUGUAGCUGUUCUGGGACCAGGGAGGAGAAUAAUCAAACAGGGAUAGUUACAUCUUUAUUAAAUGGUGACUUUUUUUCUUUUCCUUCCAAA